AUGCAGCACGAAAAGCCUAUAUCUGCGCCACCAAGCGUCAUGCCUCAGGGGAAGCGCACGGACGAUGAGGCUGGGCCUGAAGAGAGGACAGAUCUGGUAGAACAGAAUAGUGUGUUUACUGGAAUAUCCAGUAUGGAUUUGGCCAGGAGACGUGAGCUCUUAGCUCAACCUUUGAGCAAGUGUGGUCCUAUCGAAAGCGCCAGUAGCCACGAUCGAUAUUACUCAAUCGUCCAUCCUUACGAGUCAACCAAGACUUUCGAAAUGAGCACCGAGCAGUACGGACAAAAAAUGUCGCGAUUUACCGCUGAACGCGCUCAAAGAUCCAAUCCUGGUAGUCGUAUGGUGUCCAGAAACCCCUCAGAGGCUCAAGUAACUCAAGUGACUGAUAAGGGUACGACCCCUACUUCAACAAGGGAUCUGUCGAGAGCUGUAGCUCAGACAUCCAAUCCUGCGAUAUCAAGCGAUGGCUCAAAUCACAUGGCGCCUCAUGAGAGCAAAAGGAGAGACGAUGAUUUCUUCUCGCAUGGAUCGGUUUUUAGUAGGAAUGCACUUUCAGAAUGA